AUGGCCCCCGGACCGGUGUAUUUUGUACGGAGAACCGCGGCUCCGGGGCGCCGACAAAGCAGCCGCGCGGGGCAGAGCAGCGGCGCUGGCCACAACAGCCGUGCUGGCGAGCGUGGAGCACCUCUGCCCGGGAAUUUCCUAGGCAGUAAAGAGGCCUACAGUGAUAGGCCUAAAAGCCUAAGUAAGAAUGGAAUCAAUCAAUAUGUAAAGAAAUUUCAAAAGGCAGACAUAUCCGUAACAGGGAAAAAGAUAUAUGCUACAAGCCAGCAAAUUUUUGAAACAGUUAAAUCACUGUGGACGAAAAGCAACAAAAAAGAGUCACUUCCUCAACCUAAGGAAAAAACUAAGUUAGGAUCCUCUGCCGAAAUACAAGUAUCUGGAAAAACAACUCACGUCUUGAAACAACACUCAGUGCCUUUGCCAACAGAACUCAGCUCUGAAGCAAAGACCAAAUCAGUGUCCACCUCAGGUGCUACACAGUUUAUGCCUGACCCCAAGCUCAUGGAUCACGGGCAGUCCCACCCAGAAGAUAUAGAUAUGUACAGCACUAGAAGCUGAAGUAGACUGCAUAGAGAGACUACAUAGAAAACUACAAGAUGUGUGAAGUUGCAAAUAAUGGUGAAAAAAAUCAUGUAAUGGGUAACUGAUACAUAGAGUAUUACCUAAAACAAAUUUUCCCCUUACAUCUCCAAAUGUGCAAUUUGAUAAAUUAAAUAAGUGGUUAACACAGAAACUGUGAAUGCAAUGCAAACGAUAUUACAUGAUUGAUGAGGAGGCAUAGAUAGAAGUUUUAGCUUGCAUUUGGUGACCUUUAAGGGCAUUUAUUAAAAAACAACAACAACAAAUGAAGACAUGAACUCCAGUGAGACUAAAAUCUGAAAAUACAUCUAUGUAUGUAUAAAGACAUACAUAUUUAUAUGUAUAAACAUAUAUUUCUGCUCUAGCUUCCCUGAAUUAAUGUCAGUUAAAUUAGAAUGGUGUGUGGAAAGAUGCGUUUCCCUCUGUUUUUUUUUUUUUUUUUUUUUCUUUUUCAUUUCCUAGAGCUGGAAUAAAAUAUCCGUGUUUUAUGGGA